ACAGAAACUGCACUAAUAGUGAACCAAUUAAACGAAAAAAAAAUGAAAUUCUUUUCAAGAAUUAUAAUGUUUACAGCUGUUAACAAUAUGUUUGUAACCCCUGAAUAUACUGGUAUAGAAGAGUGCAGCAGCGAGACCAUGGAAUCUGUCUGGAAUCAGACGCGGCAAACUUCCUGUCAACUCAGACAUGUGACAAUCAAUCUAGAUGCUUCAAACCAUACCGGUACUGUACAGGUAAUUCCUUCACAAACAGUCGUAAAACGGUGCGGGGGCUCCUGCCUUUCCCCUUCACAUUCAUGCUAUCCUACUAGCUCAACUAUGGUGAGUGUAGAAGCUAUGAUAAUCUCUACCAGCUGGAAUGAGGGAGAAUGGUCAACACUUUGCCAAACAUUCAGAGUUAGAGAGGAUACAGCAUGUGCUUGUGGUUGUACAGUAAGACCAGAGGACUGUACAGUACAUCAGUACUACCAGCCACAGGCCUGUAAGUGUAUUUGCAAAAACUGGAAACUCAGAAACAGCUGCGUCAGUCAGGAUAAGUAUUGGGACACGGAGAGCUGUACAUGUCUGUGCAAAAACUGGAGGUCAUGCAGUACAGGAUAUUUGUUUGAUGGUCAGAACAGUUGUACUUGUGUUCCAACAUUUGUUGUAGCAAGUCCCUCAAUAGUUGUAGUUGUAGCAGUUGCUUUAUUCUCAGCCCUUGGUCUACUUACCCUACUCAUCCUUAGUAGAAAAUCAGGGAAUGCAAAUCUUUCAAGACGAGAAACCUUGGCGCGAGUUUUAACGGAAGAAGAAAUAUAGAAAAUAAGACAAAUAAGAUCCGAAGUAGUCUCAUCCCUAAACUUCAACAACUUCUCACUAUCUUCAAAAUGCAUAAUUUUAACAUUUAAGUGACCACUGUGCAUAGAUGGCAUGAUGCCCUAAUAUACGACAGUAAACCCGGCCUUGAAACCUUUAUCUGAUCAAAAAUUGAAAAUAUAUUUUCGUUUUUUU